GGAGGGGGGACACGGAGGGAGGAAGAAGCGGCGGCGGCGGCUCCUCUGUGCAGAGGGGGAAACUCGAGGGCUCGGAGCAGGAAUAAUGCGGUAGGCGAGGCGGGCUGCUGGCUCCCGGCUCCGGCAGCAGCGGCGGCGGCGGCCCGAGCACCGGCAGCACCCAGACGCUGACAGCCCGGCCGGCGGCUCCCUCGCUGACCGCGGACUGUCAAUGGAGCUGGAAAACAUCGUGGCCAACACGGUCUUGCUGAAAGCCCGGGAAGGGGGUGGAGGAAAGCGCAAAGGGAAAAGCAAGAAGUGGAAGGAAAUCCUGAAGUUCCCUCACAUCAGCCAGUGUGAAGACCUCCAAAGGACCAUAGACAGAGAUUACUGCAGUUUGUGUGACAAGCAGCCAAUUGGGAGGCUGCUUUUCCGACAGUUCUGUGAAACCAGGCCUAGGCUGGAGUGCUACAUUCAGUUCCUGGACUCAGUGGCAGAAUAUGAAGUUACUCCAGAUGAAAAACUGGGAGAGAAAGGAAAGGAAAUUAUGACCAAAUACCUCACCCCAAAGUCCCCAGUUUUCAUCGCUCAAGUCAGCCAAGACCUGGUGUCCCAGACAGAGGCCAAGCUCCUGCAGAGACCCUGUAAAGAGCUGUUUUCCGCCUGUGCACAGUCUGUCCAUGACUACCUGAGGGGAGAACCAUUCCACGAAUACCUGGACAGCAUGUAUUUUGACCGCUUUCUCCAGUGGAAGUGGUUAGAGAGGCAACCGGUGACCAAAAACACUUUCAGGCAGUACCGAGUGCUGGGGAAAGGGGGCUUCGGGGAGGUCUGUGCCUGCCAGGUUCGGGCCACAGGUAAAAUGUAUGCCUGCAAGCGCUUGGAGAAGAAGAGGAUAAAAAAGAGGAAAGGGGAGUCCAUGGCGCUCAAUGAGAAGCAGAUUCUUGAGAAGGUCAACAGCCAGUUUGUGGUCAACCUGGCUUAUGCCUAUGAGACCAAGGAUGCGCUGUGCCUGGUCCUAACCAUCAUGAAUGGAGGUGACCUGAAGUUUCACAUCUACAACAUGGGGAACCCGGGCUUCGAGGAGGAGCGAGCCUUGUUUUAUGCAGCAGAGAUCCUCUGUGGCUUGGAGGACCUGCACCGCGAGAACACUGUGUACAGAGACCUGAAACCCGAAAACAUCCUGUUGGACGAUUAUGGCCACAUCAGGAUCUCAGACCUGGGGCUGGCGGUGAAGAUUCCUGAGGGAGACCUGAUCCGUGGCCGGGUGGGCACCGUUGGCUACAUGGCUCCAGAGGUCCUCAACAACCAGCGAUAUGGCCUGAGCCCUGACUACUGGGGCCUAGGCUGCCUCAUCUACGAGAUGAUCGAGGGCCAGUCACCGUUCCGUGGCCGCAAGGAGAAGGUGAAGCGGGAGGAGGUGGACCGCAGGGUCCUGGAGACCGAGGAGGUAUACUCCCACAAGUUCUCUGAGGAGGCCAAGUCCAUCUGCAGGAUGCUGCUCACCAAAGAUGCAAAGCAGAGGCUGGGCUGCCAGCAGGAGGGCGCAGCCGAGGUCAAGAGGCACCCCUUCUUCAGGAACAUGAACUUCAAGCGCUUGGAGGCUGGGAUGUUGGACCCUCCCUUCAUUCCUGAUCCUCGGGCCGUGUAUUGUAAGGACGUGCUGGACAUCGAGCAGUUCUCCACCGUGAAAGGCGUCAACCUGGACCACACGGAUGACGACUUCUACUCCAAGUUCUCCACAGGCUCUGUGUCCAUCCCAUGGCAGAAUGAGAUGAUAGAAACAGAGUGCUUUAAGGAGCUGAAUGUGUUUGGACCUGAUGGCACCCUCUCAUGGGACCUGAACAGAAGUCAGCCUCCUGAACCACCGAAGAAAGGGCUGCUCCAAAGACUCUUCCGGCGUCAGCAUCAGAACAAUUCCAAGAGUUCACCUAAUUCCAAGACCAGUCACAACCACCACAUAAAUUCGAACCACGUCAGCUCAAACUCCACCGGAAGCAGCUAGUUUCAGCUCCAGCAUUGAUGACCACAACGAAACCAGCCCAGACCUAUUGGGAAGCAGAACUUGUGGCUAAAGGGGCUUCCGCUCUGGCUGAGUGGCCAGCGGUACCCAGGAGCCGGGAAAGGAGACUGCCCACCCCCUCUACAAGCCUUGAGGUUUCUCAAAGAAAUUUCCACUCAGGUCUGUUUUCCAAGGCGGCCCCAUGCCGGGGUGGAUUGGAUUUGCCCUCCUUGAACGUUGCAAUAGAAACCCAGUGAGAUACAACAACUUGCACGUAUUUUAAUAGCGUCCUAACUAGAACUGAAUUUUGUCUUUAUUAUUUUUAAAGAAAAGUUUUGUAAAUUUCUCUAUUGUCUCAGUUUACAUUUUGUAUAUUUGUAUUUAAAUGAAAGUCAGACUCUAAGGGUGUAUAUUUUCUGUGCAGCCACUGUUAAGCCAUGUGUUUUAAGACAUUUUAGGGGGAAGGGAUUUACCAAAAAAAAAAAAAGUGACUCCAGACUUCCAGAGCCUCAAAUGAGAAAAUGUUUUUAUUAAAUGUAGAAAAUCUUUCAGCUUUCACCUCUAAAGUAUUGGUUGCAUUUACGUACAUCCAUCUCUGACCUUUUCCUUACAUAGCUGUUGGCUUGUAAAGAUGAAUGAAAUGCUUAGAAUGCACUUGGGAUCCCCCCACCGUGCUCCUGCCGGGUCGCCCUCUGGGACCGUGGGGUUGCUGGUGUGUGUGCUGCUCCUGCAGGGGCACUUGCCCUCUGGUCUCACCCUUCGGCUCCCUUUCCUGCAGGAAGGCAGCCCCUACACUCAAUGGGUCACCCUACACUCAAUGGGUCACCCUCCACCCAGUGCACCCUGAGCUGCUUCCUGAGCAGGUCCUGGCUGCUAACAGCAGUCAUUUUCAGGAGGUUUGUGUUGUGUUUGUGAAUUUCUCUUAUGUACCAUUUUUAAAAGAAGCAAGUGAUGAGGCCAGGGGUUUAGCUCAAUAGCUUAAGUGCCUGCCUGGCAGGUGUGGGGUCGUGAGUUCAAUCCCUGGUACCAAAAAAAAAAAAAAAGAAGAAGAAGAAGCAAGUAAUGACAAGGAUUAGUCACAAAACCCCAAAUCUCUCAAACACUCCGGAGUGUGGAAGCGACAGGAAACAAGUGAGGGUCCUCGGCAUCGUAAGUGACCACCUUGUAUCUGCAGGGAGGAGAAAGAUUUGCUUGGCCCAGUCCUGAAACAUUCAUCAGGUUCUGACACCUUCAUGGGACCCGCAGACUUGCUUGCCCAUGUGGCACAGAUGAGGUUGUGUCUCCCUCGUACGGGAUACCCCAGGAAAGCCACCAAGGAAGCUCCCGACAGACUCAUGGUCGCUUCCCCAGGAGGCAGUUCUAACUGAGAACACAAGUUUCGGCAAAAAGUAGCCCCAGGAGGGCUCAGUGCUUUGCCAAACCAACGACUUCUGCAGGUGUUCCCAGACCCUGUGCGUUGCUCUUCAGCCACAGGGAGCUGCUGGCCACCCUGGCUGCCUCAUAAGGGGCAAGGAACAGACUGGCCUUCACCUCCUUGUCAAGUCAGGGUGAACAGCUGACCUCAUGUCUCCCCUACCUGGCGGAGCUCCUCGGCCCAGUUCUGCCUCAGAACUGGUCUCAGCCACCAGCAGCUGCCAGGGAUUCUCACAGAUUGGGCCAGAUACUGCCUACAUCAGCUCCCCCAUAAAAAUGCAGAUUCCCAGGCCCUGGCCCAAACCUGCCAUAUGGGGCUCUCUGAGGGGGCCUAGGAAUCUGUGUCUUUAGAUCAUUCAAAUGAUCUAGAAUAUGAGAGCCAGCAGCUCCGCACCAGCUGGCCGGGGUUGUGACUGUCCCAAACAUUGUUCUCUGGGUAACCCCACAGAUUUGGGGCAGGAGCUUUUAGGGAGCAGCAUUCUGAGCCCAUCAGCAUGUCCAUGUGUUCAAUAUCUACCCCAAGCUUUGCGAGGGGUCCGGGCAUGCUGCUAGAAAAGGGCCUGGUCUUUGGGUCUGAUCAGUUUGAAGUCAUAAACAAAUGGGAGAGAAGAAACAAUCCCUCUACUGCACAGUAUUGUCAUCUUUAAGAAGAGCUCUGGAAGCUGGUUCCCUUGGGCUGUGGAAGAACCAAAUACAAAGAGCUGUAUUCAGGUUCUGCCAAAAAGUGGGACACUGUUGGGUAGGUAUUGGGUAUCCUCAAACUCUUGCUGAUGCUCUUGCUUUGAGGAAAAAAGGUCUAUCAUCCUCCUGGGAGGCCACCAACCAAAGCAACCACCCUAGCCUCCUGCCCAGAAGGUUCGUUCCUUUUGCCCCACUCAGGGCCACUCAGUCCUUGCCAGAUGGAAUGGUGUUGGGAAGCCGUGUUUCUCUCUCCCCCCCUCCCCCUGCCUCUGCCUCAAAGCCAAGCCAUGGACACAUUGGCAGGAAAGAAUCCCCAAGAGUAGAGAAACUAAAAAUCUGGCUACCACAAGUGGCCCAACAGUCCCAGAGCUUGACAAUUACUCAUGAUAACUUGUCUUCCUUCACAUUGCCACCUGUCUUCCCAGUGCCCAUGGGAGGUAGAGGCAGUCACAUGACCUAUUCAGUCCCGUUCUUUUGGCCCAUCCAUGGCUCCAUAGUAAGAGAAGGGGAUCUCAAGAACAGUGCCUAAAAACCAGUCCUUUUCCCUACUGAGUCCAAGUCUCUGUCCCCUCCCUACUUUGCUCUUCUUACAACUUUGGUUUCUAGAGCUACAUUUUUAGAAGAUAUUUUUAAAUUAAAAGACAACCCCUCCACCCAUUCACCUGUCCAGGAGAAGGCAUAUUUGGACAGUGGAUGGAUGUAACUCUCCUGCAUUGUAGCUUUCUGCAGAAGAACCUCUCUCACUCCAAGUGUGACAUUUUUCUCACCAGAUGUUUGCUGAUUUUGUGCCUUUGGGGUGAGAUGCAGGGUCUCCAGAAGCAUCUCCAUUUCUGCUAUUUAGUAGAAGAUAAGCCAUUGUUCCUGGUGGACAGGGCAGUCUCUGCCAUGAUCACUCUGACUUACGAGUGUUUCCCAAGCUCUUUUGUGCAGGAGGCUCCCAGCGUAUCAAGAAGGCCAGGUCCAUGCCUUCAGAAAGGAUAGCACCCAUCACUCACCCCUGAACCUGAACCCUGGGGCUCCAGAGUUGCUCACAUGCCCACUUGCAGCAGUCACCGGACUUGUGGUUUCUUGAGAUUCAUUGCUGCCUCAGAGGGCCAGAAGCCUGCCACCUAGACAUGGGCAAGUCACUUCAGUGGCAUGCACGCAGGACCACACACCCCAGUCUGAGACAGUGGUGGUGAGUUCAGGCAGACAGGCACAUGCAUUUGGAGGCACAGUGAGAUGUAGCUGCCUUCCCUGGAGCCCAGGCAAGUCCUGGAGGACACUGAGACCAGGAGGUUGCCAAGGAACUUAGCAUCACAGUUGAAAUCUGUCCUUUUCUCCCACACACUAUCCUUUCCUGGAAGGCUGGGGUCACUGUUCCACUUUCCCAACUUUCUCAUUCAGCUGCUGACCUCCAUACAGAGGAGGCACCACAUCCUGCUUGAGCCUGGCAUCCCUGUCCUUGCCCAAAGGAACAGUGGCUUCCUGGACAAGCAGAAGUCUCCCAAGAGGAAAAGGAAAUGUCUGACUGCCACUUGGCCCUUCUUGGGGGAGCUUGCUUUUCUCACUGGGCACUUACAUCCUUCCGAGACAACUUCUUUAGGUGUCUCCUCUUGGUGUAACCUGAUAUGCUGAGAUAGGGCCUUCAACUUCUUGCAAUUUGGUACAGGAAGAUGGUGAAUAAAUCUUUGUGCAUUUGGAAGCCACAUAGCUAUGAGAGUUAUGGACAGCAGAGAACUCACUUCUGAUCACAGCAGACCAUGUUUGGGGAGCCUCACCCAAUCCCUGGCCUCUUCUGCACCCAUUUGCACAAUCGGCUGCCCAGCUGCUGCAGCUCAGAGGUGUAUAAGCCAGGCGCUCAUCUCCUCCGUCCAAAACUUAAAGGCUUGUGCUGGGCACAGUGAUUUGAAACAUGUGACAAGGUAGCUGCCCUUAGGAGGGAAGAACACUUCCUCAACAGAAUCUAGAUGUCUUUUCCCAAGUCACUGAGAAGUCAUUUUUAUAAUAGAUCAAAAGCAAGGGCUUUGUGGCUAUUGGCAUUGUUAAAAUAGUAAUAAUCACUCUAGUAUCCAAAGGUUACUAUUUUGUUUGCCAGGGAGAUUUUAUCAUUGAUGAAUGAAAAUGAUUCCAUUUGGGAGAUCACUCCUAAUGACAAUGGCUUCUUUCUGCUGCUCUGAAUCUUUCAUGUUGUCUAUGUCACAGUGCUGCUGUGCCUAGAUCAAACCACUGGUUUUUUUGUUUUGUUUUGUUUUGUUUUGUUUUUUUUUAGAGAGAGAAAUAAACUCCUUCAUGAAAAUAA